AUGGCGACCGAAGUGGCAUUCGAUACCUCUAUGGGCUCGUUCACCGUCGAGCUUUACAACACCCAUGCGCCUAAGGCCUGCAAAAACUUCGCUACGCUUGCCCAGAGGGGAUAUUACAACGACGUCGUUUUCCACCGUAUCAUCCCCAACUUCAUGGUCCAGACUGGUGAUCCCGCUGGAACUGGCCGAGGAGGAAGCUCGAUCUAUGGCGAGAAGUUCGAAGACGAGAUUCGCGAUGAUCUGAAGCACACCGGCGCUGGCGUUCUGAGCAUGGCCAACAGUGGUCCGAAUACCAACGGAAGCCAGUUCUUCAUCACCCUCGCGCCUACACCGUGGCUGGAUGGCAAGCACACGAUCUUCGGUCGGGUUAAGAGUGGAAUGCGUGUGAUCCAGAAGAUGGGGUUGGUCAAGACCAACGCCGAGGACCGGCCAGUGGACGUUGUGAAGAUUAUUCGGGCGAAGGUGGUGGAGGAAACGGAGGAGUGA